AUGGCCAUCGUCAAAAGGGGAGGCCGUUCCAAGGCGAAGACCCAGACUGCGCCUGCGAAGAGCGGGAUCCAGAAAGCAGAAUUCGAUCUCACCAAGAAGAAGGAGGUAGGAGUAUCGGACUUGACGUUAUUGUCCAAGAUCACCGACGAAGCCAUCAACGAAAACUUACACAAGCGAUUCAUGAACGGAACCAUUUAUACGUACAUUGGGCAUGUGUUGAUUUCAGUCAAUCCGUUUCAGGAUUUGGGCAUUUACACACAAAAAACUCUCGAUAUGUACAAGGGCAAGAACAGAUUGGAGGUGCCUCCACAUGUAUAUGCAAUUGCCGAGUCCAUGUACUACAACUUGAAAUCGUAUGGAGACAAUCAGUGUGUGAUCAUUUCCGGAGAAUCCGGUGCCGGCAAAACUGAGGCUGCCAAGCAGAUUAUGCAAUAUAUUGCCAAUGUCUCAGUGGAUGACAAUUUGAAUAAAAGUUCUCAGACAAGUGGAAUUACAAAGAUCAAGGACAUGGUGUUAGCCACAAAUCCGUUGUUGGAGUCGUUUGGAUGUGCCAAGACCUUGAGAAACAACAAUUCUUCAAGACACGGCAAGUAUCUUGAGAUUUUCUUCCACCCACUGACCUAUCAGCCUCAUGCGGCUCAUAUCACCAACUAUUUGUUGGAGAAGCAGAGAGUGGUGCAACAAAUUACCAACGAGCGGAACUUCCACAUUUUCUAUCAAUUUACCAAACAUUGUCCUUCACAAUAUCAGCAAAUGUUUGGCAUUCAGGGCCCAGAAACAUACAUCUACACAUCUGCCUCUCAGUGUACCACUGCCGAUGGAAUUGAUGAUGGAAAGGACUUUGCCGAGACAUUGCGUGCUAUGGAUGUGAUCGGUGUGACGCAACCAGAGCAGGAUAACAUUUUCCGAAUGUUGGCUACAAUUUUGUGGGUUGGAAACAUCUCAUUUGUGGAAGAUAAAAGUGGAAACGCAGCUAUUCGCGACGAGGGUGUCACUAAUUUUGUUGCCUACCUCUUGGAAGUCAAUCCGGAAAUUUUGAAGAAAGCUUUGGUUGAGAGAAUCAUCGAGACCUCCCAUGGUAUGCGCAGAGGCUCGACAUAUCACGUUCCUUUGAAUAUUGUCCAAGCUACUGCUGUUCGUGACGCUUUAGCUAAAGGAAUCUAUAACAAUUUAUUCGACUGGAUUGUUGAGAGAGUCAAUGCAUCCUUAAGAGCAACUGGUGGCCAGCAUGAGAAGAAAUCCAUUGGUAUUUUGGAUAUUUACGGCUUUGAGAUUUUCGAAAACAACUCAUUCGAACAGAUUUGCAUCAACUAUGUCAAUGAGAAGUUGCAGCAGAUCUUCAUCCAGUUGACCUUGAAAGCUGAACAAGAUGAGUAUGUCCAAGAGCAGAUUAAAUGGACUCCGAUCGACUAUUUCAACAACAAAGUUGUGUGUGACUUGAUCGAAGCCACCAGACCGCAACCUGGAUUGUUUGCCGCCUUAAACGAUUCUAUCAAGACUGCCCACGCCGAUUCAGAUGCUGCUGACCAGGUUUUCGCCCAGAGAUUGAGUAUGGUUGGAUCCAGCAAUCGUUAUUUCGAGGACCGUCGUGGUAAGUUUAUCAUUAAGCACUACGCUGGAGAUGUGACUUACGAGGUGUCUGGUAUGACUGAUAAGAACAAAGAUAGCAUGUUGCGUGACUUAUUAGAACUCUUGUCUACUUCGACCAACAACUUUGUCUCCGGUGUCUUGUUCCCACCGGCUCUUUUGGCUGCAAUCACUGACUCCAAAAAAAAACCGGACACUGCCUCCGACAAAAUCAGAAAGAGUGCUAACCUUUUGGUAGACACCUUAUCGCAGUGCCAGCCUUCCUACAUAAGAACGAUCAAGCCCAACCAAACAAAGAGACCAAAGGAGUACGAUAAUCAGCAGGUGUUGCAUCAAAUUAAGUACUUGGGUUUGAAGGAGAACGUGCGCAUUAGAAGAGCAGGUUUUGCUUAUCGUACCACCUUCGACAAGUUUGUUCAACGGUUUUACUUGUUAUCGCCCGCUACAGGUUAUGCUGGUGACUACAUUUGGCAAGGAGAUGAUAUCACUGCGGUGAAAGAAAUUUUGCGUAGUUGUCAUAUCCCUCCUACUGAGUAUCAAAUGGGUACCACCAAGGUAUUCAUCAAGACUCCAGAAACAUUGUUUGCUUUGGAAGACAUGAGAGACAAGUACUGGCACAAUAUGGCUGCCCGUAUCCAAAGAGCCUGGAGACGUUAUGUCAAGAGAAAGGAUGACGCAGCCAGAGUUAUUCAGACAGCGUGGAGAAAUAAGAAGCAUGGAAAUAAGUUUGAGCAGUUCCGUGAUGAAGGUUCUGCUAUUUUGCAAGGACGUAAAGAAAGAAGAAGAAUGUCCAUGCUUGGUUCACGUGCGUACAUGGGAGAUUACCUUGGAUGCAAUGAUUCUACCGGAUAUGGUCGCUUCAUUGUCAGCCAGACUGGAAUCAAUGAACCCGUUUACUUUUCUGGCAAGGGUGAAAUUCUUUUGCACAAAUUCGGUCGUUCAUCAAAGCGCUUACCUAGAACAUUCAUCUUGACUAGAACGAACUUAUAUGUCAUAGCAGAUGUCUUGGUGGAGAAGAGAUUGCAACUUCAAAAGGAAUUUUCGAUCCCGGUAUCGGGCAUCAGCUAUGUGGGAAUGUCCAAUUUACAAGAUAAUUGGCUUGCAGUGUCGUUGCACUCGCCAACGCCAACAACUCCAGACAUUUUUAUCAACCUAGACUUCAAGACUGAAUUAGUUGCGCACUUGCGCAGGCUCGACAGAGGAUUGACAGUCAAGAUUGGGCCUACUGUGGAUUACCAGAAGAAAGCCGGCAAGUUCCACACUGUUAAGUUCAUGAAUGGAUCAGCCCCUCAAUAUGGCGAUGUCUACAAGUCUGGUACUGUCACUGUGGGACAAGGCUUACCACCAAACAGCAGGAACCCCAAGCGUCCUCGUGGUAAGUCAAGUGCGGUGGAUUACAGCAAGUAUUACAACCGUGGUGCCAAUAGAAAAACAGGAGGCUGGCCUGCUCCAACCCCAGUUUCUAGACCUGUGCAAAAUUCCCGGCCACAACCUUACCAGUCGCCACAACCAACACAAGUUCAGCCACCCCAUCAGCCUGCUCAAACUCAACCGCAGCAGACGACUCAACACAGAAGAGUACCUCCAAAUCCUCCAGUGCAAUCACAAUCUCAGGCAAAAGUACAACCCCAAGUUCAGCAACGAGGACAUCCACAAAUUCAGCCGCAAGUCCAACAGCAACCACAAGGACACCAAUCAUCCCAGGGACGUUCUGCUAGUGCGGCUGUUUCGAAGCCAAUUAAGAAGUCGCCAGCACCUGCACCUCCUGCCAAGAAGAGUGCUCCUCCCCCUCCACCUUCGUUGGCAACCUUCAAACCUAAGCAUCCUACCUAUAAAGUAAUUUUUGAUUAUGAUGGUUCAGUGAGUGGAUCGGUUCCACUUGUGAAGGACGAUAUUGUGUAUGUUGUGAGCAUUAAUGACAAGUGGGGUCUAGUGAAGGAUCUCCAAGAGACCAGAGAGGGUUGGGCACCUUUAGACUACAUGAAAGAGGUGGACCCUCCAGCGAAUUUGAUUGGUGGAGCCAAAGCUGCCCCUCCACCGGCCCCACAAGUUCGUACCACGUCAGCGCAGCAACCCGUGCAACAGAGCACGGAGCAGAGUUUACAGCAGCCUGUGCAAUCAAAUGUGCAAGCGACUAACGGAGCUGGACUUGGCAAUGGACUUGCAGAUGCAUUGAAGGCUAAGAAGAACGAAGAAGUGACUUUGGCCGGUUCGUUGGCUGACGCCUUGAAAAAGAGACAAAAUGUCACCAGGGAUGACAGUGAUGAGGAGGAGGAUGAUGACGAUUGGUGA